AUGAACACAGAGGCUGAUAUCGUUUACGCAGAACGAUAUAUGCCACGGAUGUUUGAGCUCGUACAGCAUAAGGUGCUACGACAAAUUGAUGUCGAUGUUCAGACUUUACCUCUAAGUGGGGACGUUGUCCUUACAGUAGGGAAGAAUCCCGAGGAAUGGAAGGAUGAGAAAGCCAUUGGAAACUGCGAUUAUUGGUCUGAGACCCGGGGAAUCAAUAUUGAGGAAGCGGAAAAACUAUGGGUACAGGUUCAUGCAUGGGAUGGAGAUUCCCUACGAUCAGAAAGUCCAGUUGAUGGGGUGAUAGUAUUCUUGAGGCAAAUUCAGAGCUCGUAA